CCUCCCGCUUCACACACAUCUGUUAUCAUGGCCAUUCAGGUUACCAUCUUUCCACAAAUGCCUAGCCCAUAUUUUUGCACCUAUGCAUUAAAUGUUUUCCCAGAAAAUGUCAUUAACCAGUGUAACAUUGUCUGAAACGUCCCUCUCGACGCGUAUGAGCUAUGACUUCCUAUCAGGGACAUUGCGGUGAGUGUGACCCGUUUUCACGAUGCAGUGAGGAAGAGCAGAAGAAGGGGGCACCUCCAUAUCAGCGCAGACAGGGUCGGAGAGAGAGACAGAUGAGCUGGAGUCCAGUCUGGCUGCUUCAGAGGAGACACACACCCGCUAUGUCCCCAGAUGCCUGGAGCAGGGUGACAAGACUGGAGGAGAAGCGGCUGAGUUAAUUGCCAUUGUAUCCAGUAGAGGACUGGUGGACCUUGAUCAUGGCCAGGUGGACGUGAUUCUACAUUCAGCAGCUGUGGCACAAUGUUGAACAUGAUUUACCUGACUGCCAUAAGCAUUUUGUACUUGCCCAUUUUACUGUUUGAGGCAUUUGUUCUGUCUAAAGGCAAGUAUGAGAGGUCAGUGGUGCCGACUUCUGCCUCUCGCCUGGUGGCAAGGAUGGACGGGGAUAUUAUAAUCGGCGCCCUCUUCUCUGUUCACCACCAACCCUCAGCUGAGAAGGUGGCAGAGAGGAAAUGUGGGGAGAUCCGUGAGCAGUACGGCAUCCAGAGAGUGGAAGCCAUGUUCCACACCUUGGAUCGAAUUAACUCGGACCCCUACCUCUUACCCAACAUCACCCUGGGCUGUGAGAUCAGGGACUCCUGCUGGCAUUCCUCAGUGGCUCUGGAGCAGAGCAUCGAGUUCAUAAGAGACUCGCUCAUCUCCAUCCGGGACGACACGGACGGCUCUAGGUGGUGCAUCGAAGGGGCACCUUCCAGUCAUCCGCCGUCAACCAAGAAGCCCAUUGUAGGCGUCAUUGGGCCUGGCUCCAGCUCGGUUGCAAUUCAAGUCCAAAACCUUCUGCAGCUGUUCAACAUCCCUCAGAUUGCAUAUUCUGCGACCAGUAUCGACCUCAGUGACAAGACCUUAUUUAAGUACUUCCUCAGGGUUGUGCCCUCUGACACCCUUCAAGCCAGGGCCCUCUUGGACAUUUUGAAACGAUACAACUGGACCUAUGUGUCUGCAGUUCACACAGAGGGUAACUAUGGAGAAAGUGGGAUGGAGGUGUUCAAAGAGCUCGCCUCACAGGAGGGACUCUGCAUCGCCCAUUCUGACAAGAUCUACAGCAACGCCGGCGAGAAGCACUUUGACAGGCUGCUGAGGAAGCUGCGGGAACGUCUGCCUAAAGCUCGAGUUGUCGUCUGCUUCUGUGAAGGCAUGACAGUCCGAGGGCUGCUUAUGGCCAUGAGACGGCUCGGAGUAGCCGGAGAGUUCCUCCUAAUCGGCAGUGAUGGCUGGGCAGACCGAGUUGAGGUGGUGGAGGGAUAUGAACAGGAGGCUGUGGGCGGCAUCACUGUGAAGCUACAGUCUGAAGAGGUCUCCUCCUUUGACCAGUACUUCCUGAAGCUCAGGCUCAGCACCAACAAACGCAACCCGUGGUUCCCCGAGUUCUGGCAGUACCGGUUUCAGUGCCGCCUUCCUGGACACCUGCAAGAGAACAUGAAUUAUGCACGAAACUGCUCAGAGGAUGAUGAUCUAGAACUUCAAGACGGUUAUGAAAGUCUGGAGGACAACUAUGUUCAAGACAGCAAGAUGGGCUUUGUCAUUAACGCCAUUUACGCCAUGGCCCAUGGGCUGCAUGACAUGCAUACUCACCUCUGCCCUGGCUAUGUGGGGCUCUGUGACGCCAUGAAGCCUGUUGAUGGGAGCCACUUACUGGACUUCCUUCUUAAGACGUCCUUCAGGGGCGUUUCUGGCGAGGACAUAUAUUUUGAUGAGAACGGUGACUCGCCUGGCAGGUAUGAGAUAAUGAAUUUCCAGCAUGUGGGACCUGGUGUUUAUGACUACAUCAACACUGGCUCCUGGCAUGAGGGCUUACUCAGUAUUGAUGAUGACAUGAUCCAGAUGAACCGCAGUGACAUGGUUCGCUCUGUCUGCAGUGAGCCCUGUUCCAAAGGAGAGAUCAAGGUGAUCAGGAAGGGAGAAGUAAGCUGCUGCUGGAUUUGCACAGCCUGCAAAGAUAACGAGUACGCCCAGGAUGAGUUCACAUGCAAAGCGUGUGACCUGGGCUGGUGGCCUGACAAAGAGCUAGAAGGCUGCGAGCCAAUCCCUCUGCACUACCUGGAGUGGAGCAAUCCAGAGUCCAUUAUCCAGGUGGUCUUCUCAUGCAUGGGCAUCCUGGUCACGUCAUUUGUAGCUUUCAUCUUUGUCUUGUACCGUGACACACCUGUGGUCAAAUCCUCCAGCAGGGAGCUCUGCUACAUCAUCCUUGCAGGGAUCUUCCUGGGCUAUCUGUGUCCUUUUACCCUCAUUGCCCGUCCCACUGUGGCCUCCUGCUACCUCCAGAGGCUUCUUGUUGGACUCUCAGCAGCCAUGUGCUACUCAGCUCUGGUAACCAAAACCAAUCGCAUUGCCCGCAUCCUGGCAGGCAGCAAAAAGAAGAUUUGCACCAGGAAACCAAGGUUCAUGAGUGCCUGGGCUCAGGUGGUUAUCGCCUUCAUCCUGAUCAGUGUCCAGCUCACCUUGGAGGUUACCCUCAUUGUCAUGGAGCCUCCUGAACCCAUCAAAUCCUACCCCAGCAUCAGAGAAGUCUUCCUGAUCUGCAACACCAGCAACCUUGGUGUUGUAGCGCCACUGGGUUACAACGGCUUGCUUAUCAUGAGCUGCACCUAUUACGCCUUCAAGACCCGCAACGUCCCUGCGAACUUCAAUGAAGCCAAAUACAUUGCCUUUACCAUGUACACCACAUGUAUAAUCUGGCUGGCGUUUGUGCCAAUCUACUUUGGUAGCAACUACAAGAUCAUUACUACAUCCUUUUCUGUGAGCCUCAGUGUGACUGUAGCUUUGGGUUGUAUGUUUACACCAAAGAUGUACAUCAUCAUUGCCAAACCAGAGCGAAAUGUGCGCAGCGCCUUCACCACCUCCGACGCUGUGCGCAUGCAUGUCGGUGAUGGCAAAAUUGCCUGCCGAAGCAACAGCUUGCUCAACAUGUUCAAGAGGAAGAAGAACACUGGAAAUGGCAGGUGCAAGACAUCCUCCAAAAGGGGAUCAUAUGUGGCACAGACUGUCAGUGCAUGUGAAGAGACAGGAAGCAGGUUGCAAUCAGAUGGCUGUCAUCAAACCCUUAACUAAUACCUACCAAAACACAGCACUGGAAUUCUCAGACCUCAGCACUAAGACUUUGUAUAAUGUGGCUGAGGAGGAUGAGAGUGACCCUAUCAG